UGUGGGUAUAAAGGACUUUGCUGCGGGAUUUCGAAGCACGCGCGAGCUGUGGACAGAGAGCACGCAGCUCUCACGCACACUGUUCUCACCCGCCGUCUGUGGUUGCUCAUCAGGCUGUUCAUGUCAGGCUGUUAGGAGAGAUGUAAACUAAAAUUAUUUGUAUUAGAUUUUGGGGGUGAAAAAUUAUAACAUUUUAUGUUUUUGAAGAACAAAUGUCACAAUGAGCAGGAUUUCUAUCAUGGAUGUGAUACCUGAGGGGAUUGAUCAUGUCACUCAGAAAACUCUGAUGACAGUAUGCGUCACUCUCUUGUUUUUCCACCUGUGGAUGUGGCUCCAGCAGCGGUCGAUCCCGCGCCUACCCGGUCCCUUCGCCUGGCCGGUCAUCGGGAACGCUGCGCAGCUUGGCAACACGCCGCAUUUGUACUUUACGCGCCUUGUGAAAAAAUACGGCAACGUCUUCCAGAUACAGCUGGGCUCUCGGUCUGUGGUGGUGCUGAACGGAGAAUCCAUCAAACAAGCGCUGCUCAAGCAGGGAUUCGAAUUUGCUGGCAGACCAGACUUCACCUCUUUCCGGUACGUCUCUGACGGGGACAGCAUCGCGUUUAGCAACAUCUCGGACUGGUGGAAGACGCACCGUAAGGUGGCCCAGUCCACAGUCCGGAUGUUUUCCACCGGCAACCCACAAACCAAAAAGACAUUUGAGCAACAUGUUCUGUGUGAGAUCAAAGAGCUGCUGCGGCUGUUUGUGGCUAAAACGCACGAGCAUCAGUAUUUCCAGCCCAUGACCUAUCUCGUGGUGUCCACGGCCAACAUAAUGAGCGCGGUGUGUUUUGGGAAGAGGUACUCCUACGAGGAUGAGGAGUUUCAGCAGGUGGUGGGUAGGAACGACCAGUUCACCCAAACUGUUGGAGCAGGGAGCAUAGUGGACGUGAUGCCCUGGCUUCAGUACUUCCCCAACCCCAUCAGAACCAUUUUUGACAACUUCAAGAAGCUCAACCAAGAAUUUAGCACGUUCAUCUUUAAUAAAGUAACUGAACACAGAAAAACAAUCCAGUCGAGCACAGUCAGGGACAUGACAGAUGCUUUCAUAGUGGCACUGGACCGGAUUGGAGAAAGCACAAGCAAACCAUCUAGGAAAGACUACGUGGUCCCAACAAUAGGGGAUAUAUUUGGAGCAAGUCAAGACACCCUGUCAACUGCCCUGCAGUGGAUCAUCGUCAUUCUGGUCAAGUAUCCUGAGAUGCAGGUGAGUCUUCAGCAGGAGGUGGACAAAGUAGUGGACCGUAGCCGUCUUCCUUCUAUUGAGGACAAGCAGCAGCUGCCCUAUGUCAUGGCCUUCAUCUAUGAGGUGAUGCGCUUCACAAGCUUCGUCCCCCUCACCAUCCCCCAUUCCACCACCACGGACACCUCCAUCAUGGGCUACACUAUACCAAAGAACACAGUCAUCUUCAUCAACCAGUGGUCCAUCAACCACAACCCAGGCAUGUGGUCCCAACCAGAGAUAUUUGACCCCCAGCGAUUCCUGGACCCGGAGGGUGCACUGAACAAGAACUUGGCCAGCAGUGUGCUCAUCUUCUCCCUGGGCAAGCGGCGAUGCAUCGGCGAGGAUCUGUCCAAGCUCCAGCUGUUCCUCUUCACGACUCUGCUAGCACACCAGUGCAACAUCACCGCAGACCCAGCAAAGAUACCCACACUGGACUACAACUACGGUUUGACGCUGAAACCUCACGCCUUCUCCGUGGCAGUGUCUCUGCGUGAUGAUAUGACGUUGUUGGACAUGGCCUCCACUCAGAUGCUCUCUGAGAACACAAAGGAUGAACCUUCACCAGACUCAUAAUCAAAAACUUUAACUCACACAAUAAAUGAAGGUUAGGACACAACUGAGAGACUCAAGCUCAUGUCUGUGGCUGAAUAUAUAUAAAUAUUUGUAACCUGAACUUUCAGGAUGAAUUCUGAUGGCAUUAUUUGAAAUAAGUAGCAUGAACUGAAAAUGAUUAAAUGGAGAUUACUUACUUAUUUUUAAUUUGUGUUGGACAGAAACAGAUGUGGUAUUUCUUUUGCAGUAACACAGUUUAAUAUACCAAGUAUUCUGUUUGUUCAUGGAGGUGAAGGGUUGCAGCCUACAUCCACUGAACAUCCUGGAAAAGGCGGCAGAGCAUCAGCACCACUCCUACAACAGUCUACCAUAAAGGCAAAACUGCAGGGAAAUUAGAUUUGUGCUCGCUUCUUUAGUUAGAUUUAAGGAUAUAUAUAUAUAUAUAUAUAUAUAUAUAUAUAUAUAUAUAUAUAUAUACACUACCGUUCAAAAGUUUGGGGUCACUUUGCAAUGGGAUUCAAUAGGGAAGUGACCCCAAACUAUUGAACGGUAGUGUAUAUAUAAGAAAAGCUAAAAAUAAAAAAUAUUUAAGUCUUUUUUUUACAUGCCAGAGUCAGACUCCUGACCAAUAAACUGGUGAAUAAACUUUUAUAGUGCAUCAGCUCUUAAGCUUAAUCUUUACUAGCAUAAAUGCUAAUAAAUACUAACAUGUAAUUGUUUAAUAUAGUUAAGUAGGAGUAUAAGUGUAUUACUCAGGAAAAAAGGCUUGGAAUAAGUCAAGUGCUAUUUUUUUUUAGUAGAAAGCUUAUGAAAGUCAUUUAAUAUAUUUAAAAAAUACUCUAUAGAUGCUAUGUUAAAGACAAGGCGAUGUUUCUGAAAAGGUACACUUAACAGACCUGCUGCAUUUAUCGCUAUAGGAUCGUAUGAACAGAUGUUAGAUCAGUGUUAUUUAGAUGUUUAAUAGCUUUUUUAUGUUUUAUAUUAUAUUUGGAGUUAAACUGUUUAGCCUUAAAAAUGUGGCCAAAACCAAAAAUUGGGUUGGUGCAGUCAUUUUUAUCUAAUUCAUAAUAUUAUCUGUAUAUUCGCAGCAUGGAGUAUACAGUGAUCAUACAGUGAUUUGUUGGCUUCCUGGUAAAAUAUUAAUUUACAUGUUUAAAGACCUGGUAAUAAUGUUUCUGAGAUCUAUGAACUUUAUCUGUUAUAUUUACAUUAUGUCUCCAUGUACAAACCUGAAUCUAAAAUACUAAAAAACAAGACUUUAUCCCCCAAAUAUAGUUAUAGAAUUUAAAUACCUCUAAUUGUAUCUGCUAACAUUCAUGUCAUUGAAUGUAUGCUGGUCAAUAACACCCAACAUCAAUGUUGGGCUGAGAAACCCUCAAAUGGCAUUGUGCAUCUGUGGUGUUAUAUUGUCUCAGUUUGCCUCCCUGAAAGUUGUUUUGAAUGAUACUCUUCAGAUACUUAAUAAACCAUCUUUACUCUU